AUGUCUUUCGACAUCGAUCCAAGGGACAUCACGCUCAAGCAGGAACUCGGUUCUGGGAGUUUCGGCAAAGUCUACAGUGGCACGGUGUACGGUAGUGAUGUCGCCAUCAAGGACAUUGAUGACGACGAUCUCGCCGCUCUCGUGGAGGAGGUAGAAAUAUGGAGGACGUGCCCACACCCCAACAUCGUGCAGUUGUUGGGCGCCUGCAUGCGAAAGGGCGACUUCAGGAUCGUCACCGAGAAACUUGACGGCGACCUUGAAGGCUUGAUCCACGAUACCGACAAGCUGCUCAGCCUCUACACACGCAUGUGCAUGGUGAGGGACAUAGCCCUGGGCAUGAACUGGCUGCACAACACAAAGCCGGCCAUCAUCCACAGAGAUUUGAAGCUCGGCAAUGUACUGUACAGGAAGAGGGGCAACUGGUACGAGAUCAAAGUGUCUGACUUCGGUCUGGCGCAACUCAAACCGCGACACGUGCACCAUCUGAGAGACUCGAAGAAGGGAGCAGUGGGCACUCCGCUCUACAUGGCUCCCGAGGUAAUGCUGGGGAAGCCAUUCAACGAGAAAGCAGAUGUCUAUGCUUUCGGCAUUUGCAUGUGGGAGAUUGUGAUGCGGGAAGACCCGUUCCAGGAAUUCAAGCACUACGACGAGUUCGUGAAGGCGGUGGCGGAACAGGGUGCGCGCCCGCAGAUGCCCAAGGAUUGCCCCUCUAAACUGAGGAAGGUCAUGCAAGCCUGCUGGCACCAGGACCCCGCCAAGCGACCAAACUUUGGCGAAGUCGCCGAGAGAAUGCUCAAGGUCAUCAUCCAGUGCGCCAUCGAGGACAAGCACGGCCGUAAGUUCUGGUCGUCCAACUUCCUGGCCCAAUACCGCAUCCCCUGGGAGUCGUUCGUCAACGCGUUCUAUUCUUUCCUUGGUCUCACGCAUCUGGCGAGCCGUUCUACGUCGGGUUCGAUCUACAAGCUGCUGAACACGCUCCACGUGAAGGCCACCGGCCGAGGCGCCUCCUCGCUCUACGGCAGCCGCUCGGCUUCAAUCAAGACCGUGAAAUCGCCCCGUAGCGAGGAGAAGCCGUCGAAGACGCGUUCGGGCAGUGCCAUCGAGGAAGAGCUCACCGACCCGCUCACCGAGGAGGAUGUCGAGGCCGUCAUUGCCUACCGGUGCCUCAAGGCCGUUGCAGCACGACAGGAGGGAGAUGAGUUUACGGUGGAGAUCAACUGGUUCGGGGACAUGCUCAAGUGGUUCGGCCCGCUCAAGAGAGACGACUCCAUACUCAGCACCAUACGAGCCAUGCUGCGCUACCCGUGGUUCCACGGUCCCAUCGACUCCGACGAAGCCAAGCGGCGAUUGUCGAACAUGCCCGCCGGCACUUUCCUCGUGCGCUUCAGCUUGACGACGCCCGGCUCCUACACCAUCUCGCGAGUCCUCAAGCCUGGCAAGGUGCUGCAUUCGCGUAUGCAGUUCGUUCCCGGCAAGGGGUUCACGCUCGAGAACAAGAAGUUCUUCCUCAACCUCUCCCUGCUCGUGAGCUCUCUGCGGGAACCGCUCGACCUCAAGGCCGCCUGCGGUGGCAGCCAAUACACAGAACUCUUCAAGGUAAUUCUGCCGAGCGGGAACAGGCAGGAGGAGGCCGAGGAAGAGGAAGAGGGCGAGGAGUCCUACAAGGAGUUCUCGUCUACCAUCCUGCGUCAGGUCAAGGACGAGUACGUCGAACCCGCGCUCUCGUCCGACUCGGACGACGUCAAGGUGCGACACGGCAAGGAGAAGGAGGUGUCGUCCGACGACGCCAAGAGCAACAAGAAGGAGAAGAAGGAGAAGAAGGAGAAAAAAGAGAAGAAGGAAAAGAAGGAGAAGAAGCACCGGGCCAAGGACGACAAGCAGAAGACGUACUGA